ACUAUUUGAUGUGUGAUAAAUGCAUUAAUGAUGUGUGAGAUGAUCUCGUUCUGUGAUAUCGUAUAAGCAAAAUGCACUCCACUAGGAAAGGGUCUUACUAACAUCGUUCUCACAUUGCAUUUCUUGGAAUCUCCUCUCUAGAAAUGUCCGAUACAAGUUUCUCAGAUAGCACACAUCUUCUUGAAUACAAACAUGUGAUCCUACUUCAAAUCUAAAUGAAAAUGACGGAAGUCGCCUUGCCAUUACAAACAUCGCUCUUUGACGAUGGAGAUGAUAACACUUCCUUUCAAGUGAUAAACAACGAUAACCUCCCAAUGACAGUACUGGGGGAAAGGAUUUUCAAGCCGUUUGGUUCGGAAAACCAAAAGAGAAAACCGAACGGCAUUGUCUACCCGACUAGGAGAGUCGACUUGACCAGUCAGCAAAUCAGCCAACAGAAACAUCUGACCAAAUCCAAUGGACACCUCAACGUACCUCAAAAGCUCUCGUCCAACAACUCAAACUUCCGCAAAUUGAGCGCUUCUCACGGAAACCUGAACAAUUUGGCGAAAAACAGAACACAGGAUGAGUUCACGAGGAACCUGGACGCUAAACUGAAAAAACUCCAAACGGAUAGGAAGGGUCACGACGCUUCUAAUUCGAAAAAACCCUUCAUAACCACCGUGAAGAAAGGCCAGUUUCUUUCUCCUGAAACAUCGCCGCCGCCAAGCAAGACGUCCAGAAUCGAAGAAGACGAGUUGAAUAGGAAGAAUGCUCCCAUCAGAAAACAGUUGUAUGCUUUCGUCAGCAGACCAAUGGUUUUGAGUAGAUCCCCGCCGCAAAAUGUCCACAGGUCCAGGUGUGAAGCUGCCGCUAUAGCUGCUGGAGUGUCAUACACUAAGGAAUGCUAUGAAAUUGACACAUCAAAUGAACAAAGACAAAGGAGAAAGAGAGAAACAAGGACCUUAUCUCCUGAAAAACCGACCAAUAGAGAUGGAGACAGUGGAGUUUCUCAAAAGAAUGACUUGCCCAAGUGGAAUCCAUAUUUUGCAUAUGCUAAACUCCUGUCGCAGGAAGAAAGUCCGGUGAAAAAAACGAGAGAAGAAAUAGCUAAAAGAAGAGCUAUGGCAAGAAAAAAAGCUAGAAUGCAAUCCAGUAAGAAAUCCGAAACGAUUACUUCAAAUGCGACAAGAAAUAUCCGAAUGGUGAGUGAAGGAAACCAGACCGACAACUACCUCCAAGCAAUCCUCCUGAAACCUCCUAAUGUAGACAGUGUUGUCCAAACUGAACUAGAUCUGCUCGAUGGAAUCAUCAGUUCCCAACAAGUGAAAAGAGAAGCUCAGGACGAGGAAACUCAAAUAAUACCUGGAGAUCUCUUCGAUUUCGAAGAAGAGGUUCAACCAGUUCUAGAAGUUUUAGUAGGGAAAACUGUCGAGAACGCCUUGAUAGAAAUCCUGGAAGAAGAAGAACUCGCUUCGUUGAAAGAACAACAACGGAGGUACCUGGAGAUAAGAGCGGAAGAAGAAAGAAUAGCUGGAGAAUUACUGGAGAAGCAUUUCGUUGAUCGCUUGCGUCGUAAUAAAACAGGAGGUACCUCCAUUCUUCUCGAAAAUUAUUUAUCGCAGUUGAUUCCACCAGUACUGGAGGAAUUACAAUCGGAAGGUAUACUACCGGAGGAUAAAGUUUCUAUGAAUGGUUCUCUUCUACCUUGGUUGAUGGAGGAGGUGACAAUAGAACUGGGUGAUAUUCUGAGUUCAGGAGAUGUAUUGAACGGCAUCAUUCGAGACAUACUGAAUAGAAGAAAAGAAUUGACUAGUGUCAUGGACAUUCCGGAAGACAGCGAAGAAACUCAAGAUAUAACGAAGAUAACGACGAAUAACGAGCAACAAGAUGCUAUUUGAACAAUAAAUAUACGGUGAGUGGGUAUUGC